UUUAAAUUAAACUUUCAAAUUCCAAUAUAAAAAGAGCGACGAUGGUAUAUUUUAUCAGUAAUAAUGAUUAUUAAUGAUUAGAUAUGGCUAAAAUCAUUACUGUUUUGUAACGAUAGUGGUUUAUUACUUGAAAAGACACUUUUUCAAUGUUCUAGUCUAGUUAGGAGCAACCCAUAUUUAAAAUGGAUAAUUUGAGUCUUUACCUAGCCACAUACAAUGUAGGAACAAACGACUCAUUCGAUCAGUCUCUUCCUCUUCUAGAUCUUCUAUCACUGUCAGAAGAAAAAAAUGAAAAACUUCCGGAUUUCUUUGUCAUUGGAUUGCAAGAAGUUAAAUCGAAACCGAUGAAUAGACUUUUAGAUGCUUUAUUUGAUGACUAUUGGACUUAUGCCCUACGAAAUAUACUAGACGAAAGGGGUUACGUAAAACUCAAAUCUAUAAGGUUGCAAGGCUUGGUGCUUUCAGUUUUUACUCUAAGAAAGCAUUUAUUGAAUGUGAGAGAAAUUGAUGCUGAGUAUACGAGAACUGGAAAGUGGGGUAUUAAAGGUGCAGUUUGUAUUCGUCUGAAUAUCUAUGGUUGCUCAAUAUGCUUUGUUAAUUCUCAUUUGGCUGCUCACGACUUCAAUCUCAAAGAUCGCGAGGCAGAUUAUAAUAAUAUUAUUAAAGACCUUGAAUUCCAUGUGGAGGAAACUUCAAAAAUAUUUUGCCACGACUAUGUUUUUUGGCUGGGAGAUCUUAAUUUCCGCUUAACCUCAGACUAUGAGAAGACAUCGGAAGAAAUUGAAAGGAGCAUAUUGGCGAACGAUUUAAGGACUUUAUUGGAAAGAGAUGAGCUAAGAUAUUGCAUCAACAAAGGACGAUCUUUUAGUGAAUUUACUGAACAAGAGCCAGAUUUUGCUCCAACAUUCAAGUUUAAAGUGGGAACUAGUGAUUAUGAUCACAAAAGAAGACCUGCAUGGUGUGACAGAAUUCUACACCGCGUUAACUCAAACAAAUAUGAGAAUGUUACUUUAAAAGUAGAUCAGCUGUCAUACAAGUCUCAUCCUUCUUACAUGAUAAGCGAUCAUAAACCAGUCAGUGCUGAAUUUAUUAUAAAGAUUACUCCGAGCAUGUGGUGCAAUUUGACAAAGUUUCUAGUUGGGAAAGAGGCAAAAAACACAACAAAGCCUAUUAUAAAAUUACUAAAGAAAUACCUGCCAAUAAAGAAGAUUGGAUUGGAUUGUUCAGGGUGAAAACAGAUAUCUACUCAACUACCUAACUAUACUUUUCAAUGCAAUAAUAAUAUCUUUGAAAAUUGUAGGAGAAGUUCGGUUCUCUGGAUGAUUAUGCCACCUACGAGUAUAUAAGCAACUGCGCUACACCUACAGAAGAACCUGAGAAAUUUGAAGUGGCCAUUCCAGGUGUGCCAAGCAGUUGCAGAGGGAAUUAUUGCUUGUUAUAUUUAAGUCAAACUGAGGAUAAGGUUAUGACUGUAUUGGGUAUAAGUGAGCCUUUCCCAAUAGUAAAACCUCCUGACAGAGAUUGACCCUAAACUGUAGGACAUCAAGCAGGCCAAGGUAUACUUAUUGAAAAAAUUCUAUUCUAGAAUAGAAUGAAUUGAACAGCUAAACUUUUCUUGUUAUUGGAUUUUAUAUUAAAUUUUUGCUGCUAUGAAACA